AUGCCGGAUUCAGAUGGUAAGUGAUAUUGUAGGUUGUAUUAACCUUAGAUUUAGAUGAUUUUUUAAUCGACGAAGAUUAUGAAGGUGAGUCUUCCGAAGGAGAAUACGAAAGUGAAGAAGAUUAUGAUUCUGAAAAUGAUGGAGAGGCAGAAAGCACAGAGUCUGUUAAAGAUUUAGUGGCUAUGAUAGCGCACAAUGAAGCAUAUCUCUUGUUGACGAAUAAAAUAAUGAAAAAGGUUCACAACUUGUUAGACGCUAAUAGAGAACAACAGGUAUGUGUCAAAGAUAGAAGGUACUAACGAGUUUUGUAGAAUGUGUGAUGAAGCAUGUGCUAUUUUUUGAGUUAAUUACAUUUAUGAAGAAUAAUGUUCUGGUUUCAGAGGAAAAUCAGGAUGCAACUGGCUUCCGGACAGUCUUCUGCAAAGGAUUCUAAGAUUUUUAAAAAAGAGUUCUGUCCUCCGUAUUUCCAUGAUUGUUUUGGGAUGGUAGGUUUCCAUUGUUCUUAUUUUAUAUUUAGGUACCUGUGUCCAAUCCUGAAAGCGAAGCUAUUACAAAUGCUUGUUCUUUGAAUAUUCUGAUGAGGGAGCCAGUUUUAUGUAAGUUUAUUUACUUGUCUUUGUCGAUCAGCUCUCAAAAUUUGAAUUUUGAUAAUGUAUUUUAGGGUCGAGUGAAGAGCUGGAUUCACUACGGGAUGCUGUGCUGGAGCAAUUGACGGAACAAAUAACUUCUAGUAUUACGGCCAAGUAAGUUUUUGCUAAUUUUUUAUUUUAAAUUGUUGACAGCACAAUUAGUUUCUUGUUUGUUUUAGAGGCGAGACUUUACGGGAAAAAAUAAAAAACUACCAUGCCGAAGAUGGUAUGGCACAGCUAUUUGAUUGGCAAACAGAGUUAAAUGCAGUUCAAAAGCGGUUGACCUAUUUGAAGUAAGUCGUGGCUUUGUUAAUUACGAUAUUUAUUUGUUUAGAACGAAGUCUUCAGAUGAACUUUUCAAAUCGGCCAAUUACGAUGACAUUGAUUGGGCACGGAUUUCGGCUGUUAACGUAUGUUUAAUUUUUUUUAUUUCUUGUGUUUGUGAGAUUUUUAAAACUAUAUAAGUAAUCCAUAAAAGCAUUUUUAACAAUAUACUUUUAGUUUUUUGGUACCAGAACCAUCAUGCAGUUAAAAAUGAAGUGGCUAUACGAGCAAGCUCCUAACUGGAAGAAAGGUCCUUGGUCGGAAGAAGAAAUUGACACAUUAACAGAGAUUACUAAGGUUCCUUGGGUUAACUGGGACGUGGUUAGCGAGAAACUAAAGGCUGAAAGGUCUCCAUUUCAAUGCUUCGAAAAGUACGUUGAACUUCAGAAGAAAAAUCAGGAAAAGAAGCCGUGGACUUCAGAUGAAGAUGACAAACUGGUUAGGUUGGUCGAAACUUUUAAGUUUGGAAACGAUGUCAAUUGGGGAAGAGGUAUGUGUAAUGGCUUUAAGACAAUAUUCUGGGUUUUAAGGUCUGUUAUUGUGUUUUUACGUAUUUUUUAAUUAUUUGUGAGUGGUCGACUUUCAUUUUUAAUUUAGUUGCUGCUCAAAUUCCAAACAGAAACAGUAGACAAUGCAUGUUGAGGUACACUCAAUCGCUGGACCAAAGUUUAAAACGCGGGCGGUGGAGUGAGGCGGAGGAUUUGGUAAGUUUUUGGUUUAAUUACUUAUUUAAAGAAAUAUUUUGAAACAAAGUUUAAAUUUUGUCGUUCUAGCUUCUAACCACCGCUGUGAACAAAUACGGUCCUCAAGAUUGGUACCGUAUAGCCAACCAAGUACCAGCCAGGUCUGCUUUGCAAUGUCGAGCUAGAUGGAUUAACAAUUUGGAUUACAAAAGGAGUUCGAAUCCAUGGUCAGUCGAAGAGGACGAGGCCAUUUUGGUUGGGAUGAAGAUCUUUGGUAGAAGUAAGUGUAUGAAGUGUUUUAGUUUUUGAUAAAGGGAAACAUUUCUAGAUUGUGACGUUAAUAUGGCCACUUUUUAGAUCAAUAUGCUAAGAUUGCCAAGCUUUUGCCUGGUCGAAAUAACUGCGAUACCAAGAACAGAUCUCGAACCCUACUUCGGUGGAAGAUUGCGGUAUGUUUCUGUUAAAAGUUUCUGUAAAAUAAGAUAAAAAAUGUAAUUUUAAGUGUGAUUACAAAGUAAUUGUAGGCGAUGGUGGAUGGGAAUUCACUUAGAGAUGUCCCCAACACUUCUUUCUCCAACUCCAAAUCGCUGAGAAUCAAAAAGUUUGGCUUGAUCAACAAACUGUCAAAUGACUUGAACAAAAAAGGAGCCGAACUUAACAAACGGAUGGGUUACGGUACUUUUGUGGUCAACGACGACGGAGAAUGUGACGUCGACUACAGUAAGUUGACAUCACUUAUACUUUGUUGAUGGUUUUAUAAAUUGUAUAUUGUUGUGUUUAGGCGAAGUAAAAUCUGAAUUGUGUGUCAACUUUGGAUCGCGAUACAUUGCCAACAAUGGAAGAUGGUGCAAGAUGUCCAAGAAUCCGAAUGAGUACGGAGUUGAGGAGCUACAAGAAGAAAAGGAGAAGUUGCCGAGGGAAAAAAGGAAAAUCGUAAGUAAAAAUGUUUAUUAUUAUCACUGACGGGCGUCAAUGAGUAUAUUUAAGUCAAAGUUAUUAUAACUUCAGUUGGAAGAAUACUUGAAACAAAAAUCAGCCAGAGUUCUUCGUAUUAACGAUGAAAAUGCUGAACAAGAAGACGAAAUCAUUUUAAAAAAUGUGUCAGAACUGAUGGUGACCAACUUGGAAGUGACUGAAAGGUAUGUUUUGUGCCUUUAACUUGUACUGUAACAUAACUUUAGUGACAUCGAGUGGUACCAUCGAAGCAAAGCUCAUAAGAAAGCGCAUAGAGCGAAGGUGGUGAAGCCACCUAAAGAGAAGAAGAAACGAAGAAGAACCUCCCAGAAGACCAAGGCCAAGACUGACAUCAGCAUGUACAUCUCGGAUCUGGCCCCGAAACGGUACUCUGCUUCAGAUCGGAUGGCCGACGAGUUCUGUUACAAUGUCGCUAAAUUGCCUAAGGUAACAAAGACACAUCCGAUCUUGCUGUAUCUUAUAUAUCAAAGUUCACCUUGUUAAUAACACUAUCUAUUGCUUUUAGAAGGAUCAACGGUUGUUCAUCUUGACUCAAAUGGCUGAAAGUUUGGCUAGGGAAAUGGACGCGAAUGUCAAGACGGCAUUGGCUAAAAUACCGAAAGAAUUGUUUUCAGUGAAACUGGUGUCUUACCUUCUGGAAGUAAGUCUUCAUUACUUUACUUGUUUUUGAGUACGAAGCUAAAUUUGUUAAUUUUGUGCUACAAUAUGUAUUUAUAGUUCUUGAAAUGCAACCUUUGUACACUAGAGCCAGAAAGUGGCAUACAUAGACAAUUAAACAUGUCUCACUUACUCAGCAAUCUGGUACCACCUACUGUCUGCACUUUGAAUUCUCUGUUUUAUUAUUAUGUAAGUUACGUUCAAAUAGGUAUUAAUCUUGAUUUGAUUGUUGUGAUCGAAUCAAUAGAGGUAUAAUAUUUUAUUUAGGAAGCCGUAAGAAAGAAUCUGGUGUUUCAAACUAACGAGCUCUUCUUGAGAUCGAAUAAACAAGAAAGUGUGUUCAAAGAAGACAACAAGGACUACGAUGGGAUUCUGGACAUUCAGUUGAACGAUAAAAUCACUUCCUCUCAAGAUUACUUAUCGCUUAAGGUAAUUUCAGGCUAAUUUAUGGCCUUUGUGGAUAGCGUAUUGUUAAGUUAAAAGCUUGCUUCUUACUUUAUAUAAUCUUCUAAUUGCAGGCUCGAAUGUUCAAAUUGUUCUUUUGGCCUAUGAUGGUGAAGAAGAGUUUGGAAACAGGUCAAGCGGCAGAGAUUCGGAACAUACUUCGAUCUCUUAACGUGGAAAGAAGACGGAAUUUGGAGGAUAUCAUGAAGAAAGCCCAGAUAUGUUGUGAAAAUGGGAAAUUUAAGCUUUCAGUCAUUUAUACAUAUUAAUAUUGCUUGUUUGUUAUCCUUUGAUUAUCAUCCUAAUUUCACAAUUUCAGUUUAACAGUAUUUAUUUUAGAUUCCAGUUCCAAGGAAAACGAAUUAGUUCUAAAUUCAAACCAACAUUACAUUCAACAACUCAACUCACUGGUAAAAGCUAAGCGCUUUCACUACUUUGAUCCUCAACUAACCAAGAAAGAUCUAUUGAUAAAGCCAAUAGUAACGCGAAAGGAUAUUGUAAAGCCAGAACAACCUGUCUUUGUACAUAUCAUUGACCCAUUGAUGCAGAGGAAAAAAGAGUAUCGACCACGAUGGGCCAAAGGAGGUCUUGGAAAACAGACCUUACAGUCGGUGGGCGUUGAUCAGAUCGGCAAACUGACUCUCAAGGACUUAAUGUUGUUGAAUGCCAGGGAAAGAUGUGAGUUACUUUAAAAUUAUUCGAUUCUUGAGAGGCUAUUGGGUUUUGUAAAGUGGUUUGUAAGGUUUUACACCUUAUUUUAUAGUAAUAAGGCUUGAAACAAAUAGUGUUAAUUAAUAGUAUAAUAUAAAUUCCCAAAACACUGAUAUUGCAGUAGCUGUGGCAGCGAUGGCACAAGAAAACACCCUAUUACCUCAAAAGGAAACAGCGGGUAGCAGCCAAGAGCAAUAA